AUGGCUGAGGUUGAGAGCACCGCCGCGGACGAGUCGUUUGCGCAAUCCGAGCCGCAAGAUGAGCAGCAAACUCACAACAUGACCGUUGGUAUUAGGCGUCAGGCGAACGGCACUAUCGGGUCUGUCUACUCCGGGAACAAGAUUCGACAUCUCAAGAAGGAAGAUGGCAUUCCCUUAUGGCGCAAGGACAUUCAGUAUCAGUUCCUCAAGCUCGUCUUUGAAGACCAGACCAAGGUCUUUACUCGAUGGCCAGAUGGAGAGAAGAACCUGGAUUUCGCGGACAUCUAUAUCGAUGCUAUGGCUAGGAGUAGCAAGACGAGCAAGAUCUUGAAAGACAAACUUCAAAACGAUAAACAAGCAGCUAUCAGCAUGGCUAUGGUUUGCUUACUGGUGAACUUCGGAAGGAUGAAUACCACUCUCAACUUCUUCCCUGAGAUGCGUGCUCAACUGCGGACCUAUCACUCCAUUCCUUCGCUACAAGCCCACCAAGACCCGAACGCCUACAAGCAGCUCCAAGACGCUCCUCGUCUCAAAUCCAUUCUCAAAGGUGCCUCAGAAGACGUCGACCAGCCAAAUACUCUAGAAAGAAUCAAGCGCCAUGCAAUUCCUCGCACGAACCCGGUAAACCUCAUUUUCGUCCUGGCACAAUACGCGCCCAAGGUAUCUGAAAUGCACUUCUUCCCUCCACGCGACUUCUUCGACCUCGUUAUGCGGGGCACAUUGAGCAGUAAGAGUCGUGCAAAGGCAUUUCUGUGGUUGAUGUGGUGGUACCUGGAAAGUGAUUUCAGCGCCGAAGCCGCUCGCAACAACCCGUUUGGACCCGGCUUGGACGGUGAAGGAACCGGGGGCUUGCCUAUCAAGGUGCCUCAAUUUGAAAGCCUUACCGAGGAACAAGCAAAUGAGGAGAAUGUUGAUACACAGUCUGAGAUUGAAUAUGGAGAGGCUAAGCGUCUGGAACGCAAACGUAUUUUGGAGGAAGAUGAGCCAAUCCCUAGAGUGACCAAACGCUCUAAGAAAGGUUUGCCAGACUUCGGCUACGAGGAAGACGGCUCGGGAGAUGUUUCGGGCGAUGGCCGUGGCUCUACUAUGUCAACUCCCUUACACCCCUCUUCCAAGCGCUAUCCGCAGGAUGAUGAGGAUGAUUAUCAAACUCCUGGACAGUCUGCCAGGUCUCGGUACAAGAGGCCUAAGCGGGAAUCUUCCCUCAACCGUUCUGUUGGUCAGCAGCGUCUCAUCUUAAGAACCAAGAUGGAAAACACACCUGACGCUGCUUCUCCAGCUCCUCCAGGCUCUGGCCAUCCCAUUCUGAACCGGUUCGUCGCAGAACCCACCUUACCUCAGCAGUCCUCUUCUCGCCGUCCCCGGCCUCUUACACAGCACCAGCUGGCUGUUGAGCAGAAUCGGCGACAGCGAAUUGAAUAUCUUCUAGCCAAGCGGAAGAAUGAGGCAUAUCGUGUCUUGCGUGCGAAUCGAGAGAGCGAGCUCCCGCUUGUCCGUCACGGUCGUUUACUAUCAACCCUGCCUGAUGAUUAUGAUACGGACGAUGAGGAGAAGUCAUGGGGCAAAGGCGGGCUUAUUCCAAAGCCGGAUGAAGAGGAAGACUUUGGUGAAUGCGCCAGCUACUACUUGUCUGUCAUUCGCAAGGCUGCCAGGCGCUUGGACCGAUGGGAUUAUGACGAUGCCAACGGCCCGAAGCGUGACCGCAAGAAGGAAAGGGAACAACGUCAGAAAGCAAGAGAAAUCAGAUUGGCUUUGGAAAACUCCUCAGAUCUUGCUGGGCGCGUCCCGUCUUCAGCCCGUAGCAGAGCCCGCGCUGCGCGCAAUGCUAAACGCAAGCUUGCUGGCCCAGCGUCUGGUGCCUCAGCUACAGAGGUCAAGGAGCAAGGCGCAUCAACAUCACGUUCUAAAGCAAACAGGAGCCGUGUUCAACGUGAUGCCGGAGAUGGUGAAACGACCAACGCCGAUGUCACUAAGGAUGGUCUCGAAGUGCCAUCCCGAGACCAGGAACUCUCCCCGAUGCCUGGAUCGGCCCAGAUGGGCGAUGAAGACGGAGACAUUGAGGGCGAGGAAGGACUUGACGAUAUUGACCGUGAGAUUCUAGGAGAAGGAAGUGGAGAAGAAGAUGUCCGUACGACACGCAAAGCUCGUACAUCUCACCCAGCCGAACUUGGCUAUGAGGACAGCUUUAUCGGCGACGGAGGUGAUCCAGACGAGGAGGGUGAGGCGCUCUCAUCCGAUGAGAACGACGAGGAAGCCGACGACGACGAUCUCGAUGAGGGAGAAGGAGAAGCCGAUGGGGAUGAUAACUCCUCAACUAUGGAAGGCGGAAACGGAUAUGCUGCUAGUGAGACCUCUUCGGUUGCUGGAGAUGCUGCCGAGCCAGCAACUGAAGCUGGCGGCGAGACAGCAGAACGAGAAGAUAUGAAAGAUGAGGUUAUGGAAGAUAAAUAA